AAGCAAUCAAAUCCUCUAUACCUAUUCCGUGAGAGAUACAGAGGAGCGAGGCGGAGGAGGAGGAAGAGGACGAGGAAGAGAAACAGAGAUUUAUAGAUCAGAUCUUUGUUUUCUCCUCUCCCCUCCGAUCUUUCGUUUUGUUGGCCGUCGUGAAUCGGAUUACUCUAGCUCGUUUUGUUUCCGUGGAUCGAUCAGAUGGAGGGGAUCUUCGGGAAGCUGCGGAACCUCGAUGUCAAUCCCAAGAUCAACGAGGAUUUCCACAGCCGAACGCUCUCCGGCGGCAUAAUCACCAUCCUCUCCUCCGUCGUCAUGUUCCUCCUUUUCGUCUCCGAGCUCCGAUUGUAUCUUGAAGCAGUUACAGAAACAAAACUUGUAGUUGAUACUUCAAGAGGCGAAAGACUUCGGAUCAAUUUUGAUGUCACCUUUCCUGCCCUUUCAUGUUCUAUGCUCAGUCUUGAUUCCAUGGACAUCAGCGGUGAGGAACACCUUGACAUAAGACAUGAUAUAAUUAAAAAGAGGUUAGAUUCCCAUGGUAAUGUUAUUGGUUCUAGACAAGGCGGAAUUGGUUCUCCUCAGAUUGAGAAGCCUUUACAGAGGCACGGUGGAAGACUUGAACAUAAUGAGACAUAUUGUGGUUCCUGCUAUGGUGCAGAAACGUCUGAUGAAGAUUGUUGCAACUCUUGUGAAGAGGUUCGUGAAGCUUAUAGAAAGAAAGGUUGGGGGCUAUCAGAUCCGGACAUGAUUGACCAGUGCAAUAGAGAAGGUCUUGUUCAGCGCAUCAAGGACGAAGCGGGUGAAGGGUGCAAUAUCUAUGGCUUCUUGGAAGUCAACAAAGUGGCAGGAAAUUUCCACCUGGCCCCUGGCAAAAGUUUUCGCCAAUCUAAUGCACAUGUUCUUGACCUACUUCCAUAUCACAUAGACAGUUUUAAUAUUAGCCACAAAAUCAACAGAUUAACUUUCGGAGAAUAUCUUCCAGGCAUCAUCAAUCCUCUUGAUGGAGUGAGGUGGGUGCAACACACACAAUAUGGAAUGUACCAAUACUUCAUCAAGGUUGUUCCGACUGUUUACACUGACAUAACUGGCCGCACUAUCCAGUCCAACCAGUUCUCCGUUACAGAGCAUUUCAGGAAUGAAGAUAGUGGCGGAAUACAAAUUGUUCCUGGGGUUCUGUUCUUUUAUGACCUCUCUCCAAUUAAGGUUACCUCUACAGAGCGAUAUAUACCUUUCUUACACUUCUUGACUAAUGUUUGCGCGAUCGUUGGAGGCAUAUUCACCGUCUCGGGAAUACUGGAUUCAUUCAUAUACCAUGGUCAAAGAGCUGUAAAAAAGAAGAUGGAGAUUGGAAAGUUCAACUAGAUUUCAUCCAUGUCGAGGCUCUUUUUUCUGCAAUUGAAAGGCUUUUACGAACAAUUUGCAAAGACAUCAGAGUCCCAUUUGAUCCACCAAAAAAACUUGUUAUUCAAUUGUAUCAGCUUCUACUUUCUUUACUUUAUCUUUACCCGUGGGGGUGGGUGUAGCCGACAUGAGACUCGCUUAAACCUUUCUGAAGACUUGUUCAAAGAGCAAGCUUGAGUGUGCUGGAUAUUGUACAUGGGACUGACGGGUGAGUUGCUGUGUUCAUAGAAAGAAAUAUUGUUUAAAUUUAUUUACUGUGGUUUUAAUGUGUA